AUGGGAAACGAUCCAUCAUCACAACAAAAAAAACGCCUCACACAACCUAUUUUAACAACAUACGAAUCAGUUGAAGCACUCCAAGAAGCCCUUCAAAAAACUGGUUUAGAGUCUUCCAACCUAAUUAUAUCAAUCGACUUUACUGGGUCCAACCAAUCUUCUGGAAAGAGAACUUAUGGAAGAAAUCUUCACACAAUUGACCCUUCAAACCCAAAUCCAUAUAUGAGAGUUAUGGACAUCAUGGGAAGGACUUUAGAGAAGUUCGACGACGACAGACUUAUUCCCGUGUAUGGCUUUGGUGAUAAAACAACGGGUGACAGAGCAGUCUUCGACUUGUCUGAAGAGAAAAAGCCAUUCUUUGGUAUAGCCGCUGCUCUUGAGAGAUAUAAAGCAGUAGUGCCUACCAUCACACUCAGUGGACCAACUUCUUUUGUUGCUACUAUCAACAAGGCAAUUGAAAUUGUUAAAGAAACUAAGCAGUACCAUAUCCUCGUUAUUAUUUGCGAUGGCGCAGUAAGUGAAGUCGGACCUAACAGAAGAGCAAUUGAAGAGGCGUCAAAAUACCCAUUGUCAAUUAUUUGUGUUGGUGUCGGUGAUGGUCCAUUUGAUACUAUGGAAUCUUUCGAUGAUCAAGUCAAAAAUGCCAAAUUUGAUAACUUCAAUUUUGUGAAUUAUUACAAGGUGUGCGAAGGACACGUCGAAAACCCGGACAUUGCAUUUGCUACAGCAGCACUUUGUGAAGUGCCAGAACAAUACGCCAUCAUCAAGCAACUUGGAUAUCUUGAUGUUUAA